GACCGCCCGGCGGGCGGGGGGUACGAAAGAGGGACGCGGAGGGCGCAGGGAUGAAGCAGGGACUGCUGCUGCCAGUCAUGUCCUGAGGACCAGACACUCCCCUGCACACGCGCUGCUUCGACCCUGCCCCUGUCCGUAUCAAGUAAAGAGUCUUCCUGGAGGCCUCCUGCUCCUGUCGCCCCCUGGCAUGGCACUGCAGUGCCUCACCCUCCUGGCUGGCCUUCUGAUGAGAGUCGCCAGCAAGUCCACGGAGACUGCGGCCCAGCAGCCCGAGUGUUGUGUGGACGUGGUGGACAUCAACGGCACCUGCCCAGGCACAAGCCUGUGUGGCCCAGGCUGCUACAGGCGCUGGAACGCAGACGGGAGUGUCAGCUGCAUCCGAUGCAGGAACGGAACCUUCCCGGCCUACAACAGCUCCGAGUGCAGAAGCCUAACUGGCCGGGGCUCGCAGUUCCCCAUGAACAGAAGCGCAGGGACACCUGGGAGGCCACAUUACGGGGGUCCUCACGUGGCGGCCUCGCUCUUCCUGGGGACAUUUUUCAUCAGCGCGGGCCUCAUCCUCUCCGUGGCUGGGUUCUUCUACCUCAAGCGCUCCAGUAAACUCCCCAGGGUCUUCUACAGAAAAAACAAAGCCCCAGCCCUGCAGCCUGGCGAAGCCGCGGCGAUGAUCCCCCCACCACAGUCCUCAGUGCGGAAGCCACGCUACGUCAGGCGCGAGCGGCCCCCGGACAGGGCGAGGGAACCCGCUGCCUUCCCCUCAGUGGAGGCCCGCAUCAGCAAUGUCUGACCUAGAGGCCAAGAGGCCACCACCUGCUGCAGCAGCACAGGCCAGAGGCCGGCCCCUUGGAGGAGCCCAGCACGGGAAGGGCCAGCGUCACCUGGGGCUCAAGACAAGCGGGGACAUGGGCCCUGGCUCUGUGUCCCCACCCCCACCCAGCUGCCUGAAGGUCCCUCUUUCCCAGCACAGCUGGUUGGUCUGACGGACUGGGCGCAGGCGUCCAUGAGGUCUCAGGGCUCAGGAGGGAGGCAGUACGGGGUCUAGGCCCUUUAGGAAACAUAGCAAGGUCCCUGCAGCAACAGCCAAGAUAGUCCUGGCCCAAACGGCCAAAACUGCACAGCCCACAGGGCCACUGGCUGCUCUGCUCCUGGAAAAGCCAGGGGUCUCAGCCGCUCCACCCUCUGGAGCCUGUGAUGGCAGGAGCCCUCUAGCACCACCAGGCCUAGUGGCCCUAAGACCCUCUCAGAGGAGUGAGGCCAGGGCCUACGUAGUGUUCUAGCCAGUGCCUGGCCAUCGAGGAGGCUGUGGCCUGGGAGUCAGCUGCUGAGACUGAGGCGCCUUCAGGGCUGUCCUGCUCCGGCCAGAGCUGAGACCCUCAGGCUCCCGACCACACGUUCCCAGGAGCUGCAGAAUCCAGUUUCCCGGCUUCUGUUGACUCCUCUCUGUUUCUAAGCAGAACUUCAUUGUGCAGGAAGGUCCUCCGAGGCACUGCUGUCCUCUGAUCCCCGCACCCUGGGCUCCACCUGGCAGAUCCUCAUCCACCCAGGGCUGGGCUCUGGGCAGUGACGCCAGCUUGAGGCUGCUGCAGCCCAGGGCCAGGCGCUCACGGUGACACAUCCACCCAUGGGGCCCGUGCACCCAAACGCCACGGGUCACGGGCCUCGCUGAACCAGCCAAGGGCCAUGUUAGCUGGUGGUCCGCGUCUGGUGGUCCUGUGCAGGCUUCCCAGACCCGCCAGGUACUGCUCUGCUCCUUCCAGCUUGGCUGGUGACAGGUGGCCCGUGGCUUCUGUGGAGAAAGGAGAUUUGGGGCCACCUUCCGAGCACUGGGCUCAUCUGUUGGGCCCGGAUCCCGGUGGAGACUGUCUUUGUCUCCUCUAAUGUCUGGUGCAUGUUGGAGGGGCCUGAGAUGGGGCCUAUGCGGCUGGCCUGACCACCUGGAGGUCUCCCACGCUCCUCUGCACCACAGUACCCGUUUAUAUCAUGGCGGCAUUGACAGCAGCUCGCUCAGUGAUUCCAUACAAGACUUGAGUGGGGUGGCGGUGUCGAUGUAAAGUUGGUGCCAAAUAAACUGUUCGGAGCUUUUCCCUUC